AUGGCCGCCGGAAAAAUUCGAAGAUUGUUGUUGUUGUUUGUUCGGCGAGAGCAAAAGAAUGAGAGAGAGGAACCACCGAGUUGCUUGUUCUUCAUCAUCCUAUGUUUGGUUCCCAGUGUACAAAUACCUGCUAAAUUCAAGGUCCCUGACUUUGAGAAGUACAAAGGUAGUUCUUGUCCACAAAGCCAUCUUGUGAUGUAUGCCAGAAAGAUGUCUACUUAUGCAGAUAAUCAUCAGUUGCUUAUCCAUUACUUUCAAGACAGUUUGACUGGUGCCGCACUGAAGUGGUACACAGGCUUGGAUAGCACUAAUAUUCGGACUUUCAAUGACCUAGGUGAGGCCUUUGUCCGACAAUACAAGUAUAACUCGGAUAUGGCUCCAGACAGAGAUCAGCUUCGAUCCAUGGCUCAGAAAGACCAUGAAGCUUUCAAAGAGUAUGCCCAACGAUGGAGAGAAACUGCUGCUCAGAUUAAUCCACCGUUAAAAGAGAAAGAGAUGACAAAGAUCUUCUUGAAUACUCUCAGUCCGUUUUAUUAUGAACGCAUGAUUGCUAGUGCUCCAAGUGAUUUCACCGAAAUGGUAAACAUGGGGAUGCGUCUAGAAGAAGGAGUCCGAACCGGACGUCUAACUAAAGAAGGUGGAUCUUCAAGCGGAACCAAAAAGUUCGGAAGUGGUUUCCCAAAGAAGAUCAUUUGUCUACCUGGACCUGUUCCUUAUAACUCUGACAAGGCAGUUCCAUACAACUACAAUGCCACAAUGAUAAAGGAUGGACAAGAAGUUCCUUUACCUACUCUUUCAUCUGUUGUAAACAUUGCUGAUGUGAGUCGUGUAACAAGAAGUGGACGUGUGUAUACUCCAUUACCUCCAAAGCAGCCUGUUGCUCCUACAACCGGACAAAAUCCUGUUGUUACACCAGUAGGGAAUCCUGGAAACUCCUGUCAAAGUGAAUACAAGAUUGUGGAUCAGCUUAUGCAGACUCCUUCGAAGAUCUCCAUACUUUCAUUACUUUUAAACUCAGAAGCCCACAGGGAAGCCCUGAUGAAGGUCUUGGAUCAAGCUUUUGUAGAUCAUGAUGUGACUGUUGAUCACUUUGAUGGGAUAAUAGCUAACAUAACAGCUUGUAACAAUUUAAGCUUCUGUGAUGAAGAACUCCCCGAGGAGGGUAGAAAUCACAAUCUUGCUUUGCACAUUUCUAUGAACUGUCAGUCAGACUCUUUGUCCAAUGUAUUGGUAGACACCGGAUCUUCCUUGAAUGUGAUGCCAAAGACGACUCUUGCUCGCUUGUCUUACCAAGGAAUGCCUAUGAAGUUCAGUGGUGUAGUUGUCAAAGCAUUUGAUGGAUCGCGAAAAUCUGUUAUCGGCGAAGUCAACCUUCCCAUGACAAUUGGUCCACAUACAUUUCAAAUCACCUUCCAGGUCAUGGACAUUCAAGCUGCUUAUAGCUGUCUGUUAGGACGACCUUGGAUCCAUGAAGCAGGGGCAGUAACUUCUACGCUCCAUCAAAAGUUAAAAUUUGUAACAAAUGGAAAAUUGGUAACAAUAAGUGGGGAGCAAGCCUUGAUGGUGAGCCAUUUGUCCAAUUUCUCUUUUAUCAGUGCUGAUGAUGUGGAAGGAACUCAGUUCCAAGGUCUCUCUUUAGAAGACGAAUCUUCCAGAAAGAAAGCAUCGAUUUCUUCUUACAAAGAGGCAGUAAAAGUAGUGAAAGAUGGAACUACCACUGGCUGGGGGCAAGUUGUGAUCCCUACCAAAAAUGAAACCAGAGCAGGUCUCGGAUGU